CGACGCCAGCAACCACCCGCCGCCGCUCACUCCACUCCAACAGUCCCAUUCCUCCACCUCUCCUUCCCUAUCCCUCCGCCAGUCCACGGCACACACACAAAAUGGCACCGCGGCGCAUCGAGCAAGAAGAAAUCGAGAAAUACUGGGAGAUCUUCAGCUCCCUGGCCAAUGGCGCCACUCACCUCGACGGGGCGCAGGCCGCACCGGUGCUCAAGAACAGCCAAUUGAGGGACGAUCAGCUGGAACGGGUGUGGGAUCUGGCGGACGUGGAUGGGGAUGGCAAGUUGGAUUUUGAGGAGUUUUGCGUGGCCAUGCGGUUGAUUUUCGAUUUGAUCAAUGGGGAAUCCGUCGACGUCCCCUCGUCGCUCCCGGACUGGCUCGUCCCCGAAAGCAAAGCCCACCUCGUGCAAGCCACGCGCGCCAUCUCGGGCUCCCAGCCCGCCUUCGAACCCGUCUCGGACGACGAAGACGACACCCCGGGCCUCCGCGACGGCUUCGACUGGUACAUGUCACCCGCCGACAAGGCAAAGUACGAGGAGAUCUACAGCGCCAACCGCGACCAGCACGGCAACAUCACCUUUGCGUCUUUGGAAUCCCUUUUCCACGACCUGCAGGACAGCGUGCCGGACUCGGACAUCCGGUUCGCGUGGAACCUGGUGAAUCCCAAGGCGCGCGAGAGCGUGGGCAAGGAUGCGGCGUUGGCGUUUCUGCACAUUUUGAAUCAGCGGAGCGAGGGGUUCAGGGUGCCGAGGAGCGUGCCGCCGAGUCUGCGCGCGAGCUUCGAGAAGGGUCAUGUCGAGUUCGAUGUGGAUCGUGCGGGGGCGAAUCGGAAUCGGUGGGCGGAGAAGGGCGGAGAUGACACAGCGGCUGGGAAGAAGAGUCGGUUUGGGGAGGCGUAUCUGACGAGGUUGGGGAUCGGGGAUCGGGCGAGGGGGAAGGGCACGGAUUUUGGAGGGCGCACGACGGAGGAUUGGGAGGAGGUGCGGCUGAAGAAGCAGCUGAGGGAGUUGGAGGAGAAGAUUGAGCGGGUGGAGAAGGAGGCGGAGAACCGGAGACAUGGGCGGAGCAAGGAUAGCAAACCUGCGCUGGUGAAGCGCGAGCUGGAGCUGCUGUUGGAUUAUAAGAGGCGGGUGCUGAGGGAAUUGGAUAGCGGCGACGGAGGCGCGGUAAAGGGGCUGGGGAGCAUAAGGGAGGAUAUUGAGGUUGUGAGGGAGCAGGUGGAUGGCUUGGAAAAGCACUUGGAGAAGCGGUUGGAGGUGCUUGCUGAUCUAAGAAGGCAGAUUGAGGAUGAGAAGGCCUCGCGGUAGGAUUGAAUUACCAGGAGGGAGUAAUCCAAUCCUCAUGACUGCAACUUAAUCGUCUACUGUACGUCUUCCGUCACUGGUUCCCCACCUCGUCCUCGCACACUCCAACUCUCUGCAGGCCUCACACAACGCCUCUUCACCCGCGUCCAUAUCACAUAACCCCAUUCUUUGCACUGUAAAGAGUCCUUCCGUCAAAUUGUAAUCCUCGCCGUCAUCGCCAUCGUCGUGGAGCUCCC